CAACACAAGAGCCGCUUCGACGCGACCCUGAGCGUUUCCUGACAGCGUCGACGCCAGCCAUGGCGGCGCCACAGUCCUCCACCGGUUCGCUGGUUCCGCCACUCCGCCGCCGCCCGCGCCGCCUCGUCUUCGACCGCCGCUACGGCUGGAUCUUCGACGAGUGGACGGACCCCGCCGACCAAGCCCUCUCCGGCGGCCGCGGAAUGUUCUGUGCGGUGACGAUGGCGCGCUCGCUGGUGGACGCUGCGGCGUCCUCGGUAAUCUCAUCUCCUUGCUGGCAAAUUAACUAUGCUGCCAGUUCGAUCAGCAGAGUUCUUGAACACCCCAAAAGACUGCCUCUACCAGCACAUAUAUCUACCCUAGCAUUCCGCAAGAAGCAGCAAGCCUGGUUUCGUGAACUUGAAUGCUCUGGAGUCGUAGCUGAUCUUAAGUUAGUACACUGUUGUACUCAUUCUGUACUGGAAUGUACAGCAACUGAUUGCCUCUGUUUAACAAAGAAGCAUGGUCAUCUGUAAGCAAUGCAUCAGAAAAUUAUAAGACACUUAUCCUUAGAAAAAGCUGAUUUGUUAUCUA